AGUCAAGGCAUGAGAUAUCAUAUGCUUCCAAGGCCAAGCAUGUCCGGCCUUCACCUCAUGAAACAAGGCCGAGAUAGGAAGAAGGUGGAUCUACAGAGGGAUUUCACUGUGGCGUCUCCAGCAGAGUUUGUCACCCGUUUUGGAGGAAACAAAGUUAUUGAGAAGGUUCUCAUUGCCAAUAAUGGGAUAGCGGCAGUCAAAUGCAUGAGGUCCAUCCGACGCUGGUCUUACGAGAUGUUCCGGAAUGAGCGAGCCAUUCGUUUCGUGGUUAUGGUAACGCCCGAAGACUUGAAAGCCAACGCAGAAUAUAUUAAAAUGGCUGAUCAUUAUGUCCCGGUACCUGGAGGUCCAAAUAACAAUAACUAUGCAAAUGUGGAACUGAUACUGGAAAUUGCAAAACGGAUACCUGUGCAGGCAGUGUGGGCAGGCUGGGGCCAUGCCUCGGAGAACCCCAAACUUCCAGAACUACUCCACAAAAAUGGAAUUGCUUUCAUGGGUCCCCCAAGCCAAGCGAUGUGGGCAUUAGGAGAUAAAAUUGCUUCUUCUAUAGUGGCGCAAACUGCGGGUAUCCCUACCCUUCCAUGGAGUGGCAACGGUCUCAAAGUAGACUGGCAAGAAAAUGACUUUCAAAAGCGGAUCUUGAAUGUCCCCCAGGAACUAUACGAGAAGGGCUGUGUGACAGACGUGGAUCAUGGGUUGCGGGCUGCCGAAGCGAUUGGUUAUCCAGUCAUGAUCAAAGCCUCUGAAGGAGGGGGAGGAAAAGGCAUCAGGAAAGUAAACAAUGCCGAUGAUUUUCCCAACCUCUUCAGACAGGUACAAGCUGAGGUGCCCGGCUCACCGAUCUUCGUGAUGCGUCUGGCCAAGCAAUCCCGCCACCUUGAGGUCCAGAUCCUGGCGGACCAAUAUGGCAAUGCCAUCUCCCUCUUCGGCCGAGACUGCUCCGUGCAGCGUCGGCAUCAGAAGAUCAUUGAGGAAGCCCCAGCAUCUAUCGCAACGUUGGCUGUCUUUGAACAUAUGGAGCAGUGUGCCGUGAAGCUCGCCAAGAUGGUGGGCUACGUCAGUGCCGGGACGGUGGAAUAUCUUUACAGCCAGGAUGGGAGCUUUUACUUUUUGGAGCUAAACCCUCGGCUGCAGGUCGAGCAUCCUUGUACAGAAAUGGUGGCUGACGUGAACCUGCCUUCUGCUCAACUCCAGAUUGCCAUGGGAAUUCCUCUCCACAGGAUCAAGGAUAUCCGGAUCAUGUAUGGGGCUUCCCCCUGGGGGGAUACCCCUAUUGACUUUGAUAGCUCGGCCCAUGUGCCUUGUCCGCGGGGUCAUGUGAUCGCAGCCCGUAUCACCAGUGAGAACCCUGAUGAGGGAUUUAAACCCAGUUCUGGAACAGUUCAAGAACUGAACUUUCGCAGUAAUAAGAACGUCUGGGGUUAUUUCAGCGUUGCUGCUGCAGGAGGCCUUCAUGAAUUUGCAGACUCUCAGUUUGGCCACUGUUUCUCGUGGGGAGAAAACCGUGAAGAAGCCAUCUCAAACAUGGUUGUGGCUCUGAAGGAGCUGUCCAUUCGGGGAGACUUCAGAACCACCGUGGAGUACCUGAUUAAACUGCUUGAAACGGAAAGCUUUCAGCACAACAGCAUUGACACUGGUUGGCUGGAUCGACUCAUCGCUGAGAAAGUAGGUCAAGUCUUGCCUGCCCAUACAUUGUUGAACAUAGUGGACGUGGAACUGAUCUACGAAGGGAAGAAAUAUGUACUAAAGGUAGCUCGGCAGUCUCCAAACUCCUACGUUGUCAUCAUGAACGCUUCCAAUGUGGAGGUUGACGUUCACCGGCUAAGUGAUGGAGGUCUCCUGUUGUCCUACGACGGGAGCAGCUACACCACCUACAUGAAAGAAGAAGUGGACAGAUAUCGCAUCACCAUUGGCAAUAAGACCUGUGUAUUUGAAAAGGAAAAUGACCCAUCAAUCCUACGAUCGCCGUCUGCAGGGAAACUCAUCCAGUAUGUGGUGGAAGAUGGUGGACAUGUCUUUGCCGGACAAUGUUUUGGUGAAAUCGAGGUGAUGAAAAUGGUGAUGACCCUCACAGCGGCGGAAUCAGGCUGCAUCCAUUAUGUGAAACGUUCCGGAGCAGCGCUUGAACCAGGGUGUAUAAUUGCUAAGAUGCAGCUGGAUGACCCGAGCCGAGUUCAGCAGGCUGAGCUCAAUACGGGAACCUUGCCUCAGAUCCAGAGCACAGCCCUGCGGGGUGAGAAGCUUCACCGGAUCUUCCAUUAUGUCUUUGACAACCUGCUCAACGUGAUGAAUGGAUACUGCCUCCCAGAACCCUUUUUCACCAGCAAGGUGAAGAACUGGGUCGAACGGUUAAUGAAAACUCUCCGGGAUCCAUCCUUGCCUCUAUUGGAGCUCCAGGAUAUCAUGACCAGCGUCUCUGGGAGGAUCCCCCCCAACGUGGAAAAAUCCAUCAAAAAAGAAAUGGCACAGUACGCAAGCAACAUCACAUCUGUCCUCUGCCAGUUUCCCAGCCAGCAGAUUGCCAACAUCCUGGACAGUCACGCAGCCACCUUAAACCGCAAAUCGGAGCGUGAGGUUUUCUUCAUGAACACUCAGAGUAUUGUGCAGCUGGUUCAAAGAUACCGAAGUGGCAUCCGAGGUCACAUGAAGGCGGUGGUGAUGGAUUUGCUUCGGCAGUACCUAAAGGUGGAAACUCAGUUCCAACACGGUCACUAUGAUAAGUGUGUCUUUGCUCUUCGGGAGGAGAACAAAAGCGACAUGAACGCUGUCCUCAACUACAUCUUUUCCCACGCCCAGGUGACGAAGAAAAACCUCCUUGUGACAAUGCUCAUUGAUCAGUUGUGUGGCCGAGAUCCCACAUUGACCGAUGAGCUGAUCAAUAUUCUGACGGAAUUGACCCAGUUAAGUAAGACCACAAACGCCAGAGUUGCCUUACGAGCCCGCCAGGUGCUCAUCGCUUCCCACCUGCCCUCCUAUGAACUCCGUCACAAUCAGGUGGAAUCCAUCUUCCUCUCGGCUAUUGACAUGUACGGGCACCAGUUCUGCAUUGAGAAUCUGCAGAAACUUAUCCUCUCUGAGACUUCCAUCUUUGACGUGCUCCCCAACUUCUUCUACCACAGCAACCAAGUAGUGCGAAUGGCAGCUCUGGAGGUGUAUGUUCGGAGGGCAUACAUUGCCUACGAGCUGAACAGCGUCCAACAUCGCCAGCUGAAAGACAACACGUGUGUGGUGGAAUUCCAGUUUAUGCUCCCGACUUCACAUCCAAACAGAGGGAACAUUCCCACGCUCAACAGAAUGUCCUUCUCGUCUAACCUUAACCAUUACGGGAUGGUCCACGUGGCCAGCGUGAGCGACGUUCUCCUGGACAAUUCUUUCACCCCACCCUGCCAGCGCAUGGGAGGCAUGGUUUCCUUCCGAACCUUUGAAGACUUCGUCCGACUUUUUGAUGAGAUUAUGGGAUGCUUUUGCGACUCUCCACCUCCGAGUCCCACCUUUCCAGAAUCGGGGCACCCGUCCCUGUAUGAUGAAGAUAAGAGCGCUCGAGAUGAACCUAUUCAUAUCCUGAAUGUCGCCAUUAAGACUGAUUGUGAUAUUGACGACGAAGGUCUCGCUGCCAUGUUCAGGGAAUUCACGCAGAGCAAGAGCGCUCGAGAUGAACCUAUUCAUAUCCUGAAUGUCGCCAUUAAGACUGAUUGUGAUAUUGACGACGAAGGUCUCGCUGCCAUGUUCAGGGAAUUCACGCAGAGCAAG